CACACCAUCACAAGCUCGAAACCAAACCCAAACCGAGAAACUGACAGUAAAGCGAUCAUCAUAGCAACACAUUACAUGAACAAUCACCUUAAGCAGCUAUCAGUACCAAACAUGAUCCAGGCAGCUCAUCUAAAAUGCAAAAAGAACAGCUUGAAUGUUCUCAAACCCUAUUCCACCAACGUGAAAAGAUCAUUACUUCCUAGUUUCUACCUAUACCUGCCCCUUUCAGCUAAAGCUGAAGCUGACACCUCCAGAAUUACAUCUUUACAAGUAUUCUCAUACACGCAGCUCAGCCAAGCUUUUCAGUUUUCAGUUUUUCCUCUCCAAAGGAAUCGAAGGAAAAGGGGGGAAAUUCGGUCACUUAAUCGAGACCCCGUGUAUCAUUAUGUCAGUAUCAUAAUGCAACAGGUAUACACUACGACUCCGAUCAAAGCAAGGUGGCCACUUCUCAUUCACCAUUUUACCAGCAACCAAAUAGAAAACCCAGAAAAGGAAACCAGAAGCUUGAGAAGAGAGAGA